AUGGGUGUGUUUUCUCCCUCACGUUCACGAUCUAUAUCGCGAGUCAAAGCCUUCUUCUUGACAAAGGCUGCUCCUGGUUCUCACUCCUCUAAGCUUCUAGCCUCAAUCGAGAGACUACCACCAGAUGUUUUUCAAGAAAUCGCCCGGAGAAUACCUUUACUCCGAGACAUCUUACACCUGAGCCUAACGUCUCGCAACAUGCGUGCACUUUUAGUCUCACGUUUGUACCGCAACAUUGAUCUCAAGACCAACAGACAGUGCGAGGUGGUGUUAAGCAUGCUGUUGAAGCAUCCUGAUAUGGCUCGACAUGUUACGAAAUUAAUCGUUCACCCCAACAAUAUUGAAUGGACCGCGAUGGACGUUGCACUAAGUGAAUCCGAGGUAGUCGACCUACUCGUACGUGCCAUACGCUACAUGCCAUCGCUUCACACAUUCUUUUGGGACGGCGUUGAAAUGCCCGACGAUUAUUUAUGGCUUGUUUUACGAAAUUCAUGUCCUUUACUGAAGAGUGUCGGUACGAGCGUUGGAACGCAGAAGCUGGAUCCGGCUAGUAAUCUUUAUGACUUCAGCGAUCUUACGUCAUUCUCCUUCAUAGUCAAGAAACGAUCCCUUGCUUGGGUACCGGACACCCUUCCCAACAUCGAGAAAAUACCGAAACGAUUCUGGGAAAUGAUCAUUGAGCGAUGUCCUCAUCUUGAAAGACUAGCUAUUGGUGGAGCAGCACCAUCACCACGACUUUUCGACAUCCGCCACAUAACACAUGGACGGUGGCCCCGUCUCAGGUGUCUUACUCUAGGCGACCUCUCCAUCCAGCCGAGGAAACGACAACGUGUAUCCUGGAUCAAAGAACCCACGUUCACGGAUUUCUUGCUCGCACACCCUUCGCUUCAGAAACUCAACUUGCAAUAUGCAGGGGGAGAUAAUUUCCCUGCAUCAUUGAUUCUUCCCCCAAUGGCGCUUCCCUACCUUGAGGUCUUCACAGGGACGUUGAAAUACGUCGCUACGCUUCCUAACCCUUCCCUGAUCAAAAGUCUUUCCCUGACCUCCCUCUUGUACUCGAUGUCGUCAAUCCCUUACCUGUGUUCUAUUCUUGAAUCACUGACGUCGCUUUCAUCGUUGGGUAUAUGGUUCGACCUAUCAUUCAAUGCUAAGAUAGAUCACGACCACGGGAGUCUAUUACGCGAUCUCUUGUCUUCUUGCCCCCAACUCUCGCAUCUGGAUUUGACAUGUUACACAUACCCCUCCUUCGACGUCGUAAGUUCACUCUCUGUAUUUCAGAGUAAGGAGUUCUCGCAGGCCAUUCAGGAUACGAAGUCCGUUCAUCUGGAAUCUUUCAUAUUAACGAAACUGCACUCACACGAGGACGGAAAGAUGCUGAACACUGCUAUCCAGAUCAUUCAUGAUAAUCCGCACUUACGAAAAUUCACAUUGCGAUAUUCGCAGGACUCUUGGCGCAGUAUCAAGGGAAUUCGACCCAGGCAGGUGGGAGAAUAUGAGGUGGGACUUGACGAAGCGGGCAAUCCUUCGACUCUGGGGGUGUAUGAGUGGGGUGUUGGAUCCUUUUCUGCGCAUUAUACGCGACGAUAUAAGCACAAACUUUGGGAGCGGCCGUCAUUCUCGUCUGUACGGUCUUUAAGUAGUCGAUAUUCGCUUCGUAGUCAUAAAUCGUCGAUUAUGAGCGGGACAGAGCACUAA